AUGAAGUUCGCCUUCGCAGCCACGUUGUUGCUGACCGCAAUUUCGGGCGUCGCGGCCAUUGGGUGGCCGUCAAACGCUGGUUACUAUCACGGAUCAGAAGGCAUCGUGCCCCCGGGACCCUGGGAUGCGCCCGACGCCCGAUCCAAGUGCAAGUAUAGCAGGGGGAGACAAGUCGGUGGUGGACGGCGGUCGCGUUUCCAUAUCCGGAUCAAGGACUUCAAAGGCGACGCCGGCUCCUUCUGCCAUAGAUUUUGGGAGAACCUGAGAAGAUGGGGUCUUAUCUGCACGCCCAACUCGUUUGAGACCUGGAAGCCUUUCUGCGGCAUGGAGGAGGGCGACCUCGCCUGGAGGUUCGAGAACAGCGUUAGAUGUAACGAGGGCAUGGUCGCAUCCACCUUUUGGGAGGUGACCCAGAACGAGUGGGGAGGCAUCCUCUGCAGAGACUACGCCGUCGAUGAACAAGACGGCGCUUGUGCACACUGCCCCCUCAUGAGCGAGCCUUUCUGGGCCCACACCAUCUACGACAAGUUCAAGGAUGACAAGGAUGAUGACAAGAAGGAUGUCAAGAAGGAUGUCAAGAAGAGUGACGUGAAGGAUGCCAAGAAGGAUGUCGAGACGGAUGUCAAGGAGGAUGUCGAGACGGAUGUCAAGGAGGAUGUCGAGACGGCUGUCGAGACGGAUAUCGAGACGGAUGUCGAGACGGAUGUCGAGGAGGAUAUCGAGGAGGAUGACGACUCCGACGACGACCUCGACGACUUCGGCGACCUCUUCGACGACCUCGACGACGUCCUUAACGAAGACCUCUUCGACGGCCUCGACGACGUCCUUAACGAAGACGUCUUUGACGACAAAGACAUCUCUGACGCCUUCGUCAACCUUGACGAGGAUGACGAGAAGAAACACGAGGGCCUUAUUGGCAAGGAAUUCCAAGCCUAA